AUGGUGGAGAAGCGGUACUCGUACAUGUCUACCGACCUGCUCCAUUGCAGCACGUCCAUCACAGCCUACAAGUCCCCUUCCCUCACCCUCCGUCAACAGAUCGUCGACGACGGCAAACCCCGGCUCGGCGCGGAGGCGGCGCGGGCCGCCAUUAGCAACUGGAGACGGUAUGCCUCGGACAUCACGCACCUUGUCUUUUGCACCACGGACACCGGCUGCAUGACGGGCACAGACGUCACGGUCGCCAGGCUCCUCGGCCUUCCACUCUACACCAAGAAAGUCAUGCUGUACCAGACUGGCUGCCACGGCGCUGGCCUCGCCCUGCGUCUCGCCAAGGACUUCGUCGAGAACAACCGUGGCGCCAGGGUGCUGGUGGUCUGCUCUGAGAUCACGGCGCUAGGUGUGCGUGGGCCCUCAGAGAACGACAUGGGGAACCUUGUCGGGCAAGCCUUCUUCGGGGACGCCGCGGCCGCGCUCAUCGUCGGAGCUGACCCUGGCACCGGCGAGCGGGGCCUAUUUGAGAUGGUGUCGGCAUCGCAGGGCGUCAUACCGGGGACGGAGGAGGCGGUGGUUGCCAGGCUGUACGAGGAGGGGGUAAUGUACAAACUCAACCGUGACCUGCCGCUGCUCGUCUCGAGCAACAUCCAGAAGCUCGCCAAGAAAGCACUGGUGAACGCCGGGGUGUUGACUGGUGACGACGACGGUGACUGGAUUGAGGGCCUAUUCUGGGCGGUGCACCCUGGCGGGCGGGAGAUACUGGACAAAGUGGAGAGCAGGUUCGGGCUGAGGAAGGAAAAGCUGGCAGCGUCAAGGGUGGUGAGCUCGUGCGUCGUCCUCAUCCUGGACGAGAUAUAG